CGCCGAACGAUAAAUGGGGAACACAUUAUGGCUCAUCGAAAAUAUUGAGGCAUAACAUCAAAGCCUUCCUUCGGAUCUAUGCUUUCUUUGCAACCCCUCCCACCCCCACACCUCGCUCUUUGUAACCGCGCGCACCAUGCGGAGGAGGAGAAGGAGAAGAAUGGGGGUGCGUGUCACGCACCUUGUAUGCUACUGCUAACCCACUCUCACUCAAUCACCUCUCAAUUGCUACUUAACGGUUCGGCUUUCUCUUUACCUUUCCCUUUCUUUCUCUUUUUUUUCACAUAAAAACUAUCUCUCUCUCUCUCUUUGUUUCUCGCUUGACAACUGUAAAAAAUAAACUAUGGUGGCACGAUCGCUCUUGACUGACUGGACCGCUUCUAGCGAUGGCACUCAUUACGUAUAUGCGCACCCACUUGAACGCCCGGACAGCGAUGAGCGCCAAUACCGAUUGGUACGACUUGCCAAUCAACUGGAGGUGUUGCUCAUCAGCGAUCCCGAAACGGAUCGAGCAAGUGCUGCACUCGAUGUACAUGUCGGCAAUUUGAGUGAUCCCGAUCUGCUAGAGGGACUGGCACACUUUUGCGAACAUUUGCUUUUUAUGGGCACCGAGAAAUAUCCAAAAGAAAACGAUUACUACUCGUACCUCUCCGAGCAUUCUGGGUAUGCGAAUGCUUUCACUGGUACCGAAAAUACAAACUAUUAUUUCGAAGUCGGUCAUCCAUGGCUCGAGGGUGCAUUGGAUCGGUUCUCUCGAUUCUUUAUUGACCCGUUGUUCUCAGAGAGUUGCACUGAGCGUGAACUCCGUGCUGUAGAUUCUGAGCAUAAAAAGAACUUGCAAUCGGAUUGCUGGCGUAUCGCACAAGUCGAGAAGACACUUAGCAACCCAAAGCAUCCAUGGCGCCACUUCGAGACCGGUAACCUGGAAACAUUAAUGGAAGCUCCGAAGCGGCGUGGAGUCGAUGUGCGUCAGGAACUGCUCAAGUUUCACGAGACGUUCUAUUCCGCAAACAUAAUGAAACUCUGUGUGCUUGGGAAAGAGUCUCUUGAUCAACUUACCGAAUGGGUAACCAGCAAGUUCUCCCAUGUGCGCAACAAGAAUACCCCAGUUCCAGAGUUCGAAGGUCACCCCCUCACCGAAAAUGAAGUCCAGAAACAAAUUUUCGUAAAGUCAGUAAAGCAUAAUCGCACUCUCGAUCUUACUUUUCCCUUUCCGGAUCAGAAUCCUUAUUUCGAAAGCCAGCCUGCGCAUUACAUUUCUCACCUUAUCGGUCACGAAGGCCCUGGCUCGAUCUUGUCCUUUUUGAAAAAGAAGGGCUGGGCAACCUAUCUUAGCUCCGGUACCUGCUAUGGGGGUCGUGGUUUCGGCUUUUUCCAUGUUGGUAUUGACUUGACCGAAGACGGGUUACAUCACCAUGAAGAUAUUGUGGGUGUUAUUUUCCAGUAUAUCGAAAUGAUGAAAACCGUUGGUGUGAAGAAAUGGAUCUUCGACGAGGUCCAGUCUUUGGCAGCCAUUGAUUUCAAGUUUACGGAAAAGUACCCUCCAUCGCAAUACACCUCGUGGUUGACACAACAGAUGCAAGAAGGCUACCCCCCACAAUGGACCAUCAGCGGCACCAGCCUGCUUCGAGCGUAUGACCCACAUCUGAUUGAAGAGCACUUUGCUUUGCUGCGCCCCGACAAUUUCCGAUUGACACUGGCCAGCCAAGAGUUCCCAUAUGGCAUCCAGUGUGACAGGGUUGAGCGAUGGUACAAUACGGAAUAUACUGUAUUGCCGCUCACCGAACGUUUAAAGCAGAUGCUAAGCAACUUGACAACUAAUGACGCAUUUUACUUGCCAGCAAUUAAUGAGUUUAUUCCUACCGAAUUGGAUGUUACUAGACGUGCUGUCAAGGAAAAGCAAGCCAAGCCCGACCUUAUUCAGGAAACGAAUAUGCUUCGGCUCUGGCAUAAACAAGAUGAUACAUUUUGGAUUCCAAAGACCAAUGUGUGGAUUCUUUUUAGAAAUCCGCUGACAUAUGCUACGCCAAGAAACGCCGUGAUAUCAAUGUUGUACGUUAGCUUGCUGGAGGAUUCGCUAACGGAAUACUCUUAUAACGCCGAGGUUACUGGGUUGUCAUACCACCUGAGCACAGACCCCAAUGGAAUCGCGCUUAAUAUGGGUGGCUAUAGCGACAAGUUACCGCUCCUUCUGGAGAAGGUCGUAACAAGGAUGAAAACUAUAAACAUUGCGGCUGAUCGCUUCAAAGUGAUCAAAGAUUCAGUCAAACGGCUAUAUCAAAACUUCUUCCUAGAGCCACCCUUCCAACACGCAACAUAUUAUCUCACAUACGCCAUCCGAGAAAAGAUGUGGAAAUGUGACGAUCUUGCCAAUGAACUUGCAGAUAUCCAACUCCAAGACGUGCAAUCAUUCUAUCCAACGAUCCUGUCCAACUUGCACAUCGAGAGUCUUGUGCACGGCAAUUUGGACCAAGACCGCGCAAUUAGCAUGUUUCGCAACGUCCAAGACAUUCUUGACGCCCGGCCACUGAUGCCGAGCCAAUUCAUCAGCUCGCGAAGCCUCAACCUUCCUGCGGGCGAGUCCUUCGUGUACCAACUACCUGUACGCGAUGCAGACAACGUAAACUCAGCGAUCGAAUACUAUUGCCAAAUCUGCGAUGUCAUUGAUAUUCCACUCAGAGCCCGACUCAGUCUCGUGGCCCAGAUGGCACAAGAACCUUGUUUCAAUCAGCUGCGAACAAAGGAACAACUCGGCUACCUGGUCUUUAGUGGUGUCCGACGCCACAUUGGCACGAUGGGUCUUCGAUUUAUCAUCCAGAGUGAGCGCGACACGGUCUAUUUGGAAAACCGGGUGGAAGUGUUCAUCGAGACCUUGCGCGAGAUCAUCGUCAACAUGACCGAGACAGAGUAUCAAGCCCAGGUCGACUCAUUGAUCGCUGACAAGAAGGAAAAAUUCAAAAACAUGGGUCAAGAAGGUGCAAAGUAUUGGGGCGAUAUCGACUGUGGUUAUUAUGAAUUCGAUGACGUCGAAAAGGAUGUUGCAGAGCUGCGUACAGUUGACAAGGCGUCCCUGAUUGACUUUUUCGAUAAAUACAUCGAUCCCACAUCACCCCAGUUCCGAAAACUCUCUGUUCAUUUGCAAUCUCAAAAGGCAGUACCAUCAUCACCUGCUACUGCCCUUUCUGGAGGCAAGACGACGACCAAGGUCACCAUCGAGUCGCUGCAUUCGUGUCUUUCCGCCACAAAGGAUACGAAACCAUUGAGCCUGGAAGAGCUCAACAAAUCAGUCGGCACAGACAUAAAUGCUGGGUUACCAGCUGAGCAAGUGCUGCGAAAACUGUUGGUGGACGAACUCAAGGCCAAUGAAGACGAUAUUGAACGUGUUAUGGCCAAGCUGACACAAGAGACCACAGCAUUUGUGGAUGUUCAACAAACCAAUGGCACUAGCAAUGGUGCUAGUAGUAGUACUAGUGACAAGGAACUUGAAGCAUCACUCCUCAACCGUGAUCAUAGCAAGCUUGCCGAUAACAAUAUUACCAUCACUGACUUGAUCAAGUUCAAAAAUCAAAUGCCCCUUUCUCCCGCUGCAGUUCCGUUCUUUCUUUUCUCCCGUAUUUAAUUAUUCAUCUUGUG